GUCCCUGGUCCCUGCUACCAAGGUACUUAAACCUGUGCCUAAACGAUAUUCAAGUUUCACUGUAUUGAUAUCUAGAAAUUCAAAUUACGUAAUGUACCUACAUAGUGAUCAACAAAGUACAAAUCAAGAAGCAAACAAGAUGGUGAACGCUCCAGCAGUUGGUAUUGACUUGGGUACUACCUACUCCUGCGUUGGUGUCUGGCAGCACGGAAAAGUUGAGAUCAUCGCCAACGACCAAGGCAACAGAACAACACCCAGCUAUGUUGCCUUCACAGAUACAGAACGUCUCAUCGGAGACGCCGCCAAGAACCAGGUAGCCAUGAACCCCAGCAACACAGUAUUCGACGCCAAAAGACUGAUCGGCCGAAGAUUCGACGACCCCAAAAUCCAGCAAGACAUCAAACACUGGCCCUUCAAGGUAAUCAGUGACUGUGGCAAACCUAAGAUCCAAGUAGAGUACAAAGGUGAAGUCAAAAAAUUCGCCCCAGAAGAAAUCAGCUCGAUGGUACUCACAAAAAUGAAAGAAAUUGCAGAGGCGUACCUGGGUGCUACAGUUAAAGAUGCAGUUGUCACAGUUCCAGCAUACUUCAAUGACUCACAAAGGCAAGCUACAAAAGAUGCUGGUGCCAUCGCAGGUUUGAAUGUGCUAAGGAUUAUCAAUGAACCAACAGCAGCCGCACUAGCAUAUGGUCUAGACAAGAAUCUCAAGGGUGAGAAGAAUGUACUCAUCUUCGACUUGGGUGGUGGUACAUUUGAUGUAUCCAUCCUGACCAUUGAUGAAGGUUCAUUGUUCGAGGUAAAAGCCACUGCAGGUGACACACACUUGGGUGGUGAAGACUUCGACAACAGACUUGUCAACCACCUGGCAGAUGAAUUCAAGAGAAAAUACAAGAAAGACCUCCGAUCCAACCCUAGAGCAGUCAGAAGGCUAAGAACAGCAGCCGAGAGAGCCAAACGCACACUAUCAUCAAGCACAGAAGCCACCAUUGAAAUCGAUGCACUCUUUGAGGGCAUUGAUUUCUACACCAAAGUCAGCAGGGCACGCUUCGAGGAACUCUGCUCAGACUUGUUCCGUUCGACACUCCAACCAGUCGAAAAGGCCCUCAACGAUGCCAAAUUAGACAAGGGACAGAUACAUGAUGUUGUCUUGGUCGGAGGCUCCACUCGUAUUCCAAAGAUCCAGUCGAUGCUCCAGAACUUCUUCAAUGGCAAACAGCUGAAUCUGUCCAUCAACCCGGAUGAGGCUGUUGCCUAUGGUGCAGCUGUCCAGGCGGCGGUUCUUACUGGCAACACAGACUCCAAGAUCCAGGAUGUGCUGUUGGUGGAUGUCGCUCCACUGUCCCUGGGUAUCGAGACGGCCGGUGGUGUUAUGACUAAGAUCAUUGAAAGAAACAGCAGAAUCCCAUGCAAGCAGACGCAGACCUUCACGACGUAUGCAGACAACCAACCUGCUGUCACCAUCCAAGUAUAUGAGGGUGAGAGAGCUAUGACCAAGGACAACAACCUGCUAGGCACCUUUGACUUGACUGGCAUUCCUCCAGCACCUCGGGGUGUACCCAAGAUUGAAGUCACAUUUGAUCUUGAUGCCAAUGGUAUUCUAAACGUCUCUGCCAAAGACACCAGCUCGGGCAACUCGCGCAACAUCACAAUCAAGAACGACAAGGGCCGACUCUCUCAGAAGGACAUUGACAGAAUGGUGGAAGAAGCCGAAAGGUACAAGGAUGAAGACGAGAAACAACGACAGAGAAUUGCAGCCAAGAACAAACUCGAGGCCUACAUCUUCCAACUCAAACAGGCUGUACAGGACUGCGGAGACAAACUGUCUUCUGAAGACAAAUCCACCAUUGAGAGAGAAUGUGAGUCUUGCCUGAGGUGGCUUGACAGCAACAACUUGGCUGAAAAGGAAGAAUUUGAAGACAAAGAAAAAGAACUCACCAGAAUUUGCAGUCCAAUCAUGGCUAAACUGUAUGGAGGCGGACAGAACAACCAGUAUGGUGGCAUGCCUGGAGCAGGAGGAAUGGGAGGCAUGCCAGGAGGCAGCUGCGGCCAACAAGCAGGAGGAUUUGGUGGCCAUGGACAAGGACCAACCAUCGAAGAAGUUGAUUAAAUUGUUUAAAUAUUUUUGUAACUAGUCCUGGGAAGUGCAGUCAAUGGAAGGCCUGUUCCAUGGGAAAAUCUUCGGAUUCUUCCAUGAAACAUCCAUCCUGAGGUUGUACUUUCUCGCUAGCUACAAAGCUGUCGUCUUGAUAUCUCUGAAAAAUCUAAUUUUUCAGAGACACCAUGGCCACAUCUUUGGUUUUAACAUCUGCUGCUGAAGUUAUUCACUCAAAUAAAAAAUACCUUUUGGAGGGAUUUAAAGUGUUUGUGCCUAAUUUCGAUUGAGUGCAAACAUUUUGAAACACCUUAUCAAGGGUAUUUUUUGUUUUUACCAUCUUAACAUCUUUUUGGUUUGUAAAUACAGCAAAAUGGAAAAAUUUUCAAG